AUGUUUGUUCUAUCACCAGUGAUGGAUGAGGAAGACAGACACAGACAACUGAUUGGUGUAUAUGACACAUUGAUGAAGCUCCUAUCCCCAUGGAUUGAUCACUAUGUGUGGGAUUUUGAACCCAUAUCACCAAGAAUCUAUACACAUGAUGGUUAUGAGUAUGUAUUUGCCAAUUUACAACUUGGGGAGUUGAUAUCAGACGAGUGGCUUAUAACGUGGUUAUUGUACAAUGUAUCACUUCAAUAUGAAGAUGUCUUCGUACAGGUUUAUGACUAUGAAGGUGAAUUUGUAUUGAUAGAAUCAUGGGAAUCGUUGCCAUCAUGGGUUUCUCCAGAGGUUGCUACGAACCGUGUUUGGCUGAACAAAGGCCGGUUUAUCAUCAUUCCAGAUGUUUACUACAUGGAUAGGUCAUUAAAACUGGUGGAGGCUUUGACGUUCUUAACAAAAGCGAGCUAUAAAUGCUUGAUAAACGUUGAGAUGAAUGCAAUUAUUGGAGAAAAGCUGAAAGAGUAUCCUUAUAAGGCAUUAGAGUCUCAACUAAGUGUGGACUUCCAAUUGGAAGCUGAUCUUAUAGGUCCAUUGAUCGACAACAGUAAUCAACUGAACCAUGUAAUUUGGGAUAAAGUUAAAGAUGUCAGUAUCAUGAAUGAUGGACUGGAAGAAGAAUACCCUAUUGGUGAAACUGUUUUAGUCAAGGCAAGGAUGAGGGUAGAAACGUAUCUGUUGUUGAAAACAACGCUUGAAAGGUUUGAGAAGGAUGAUGUUGUUGAAGAUGGUGGGAAGUUCAUCAGUAUUGCACUAAAGGAGUACUUUGAGAGAGAAAAUAUUAGCCUAAGGGCUCUCGAUCAAGAUGAAUUGGCCGUGUUUAACGAGCAAAACAGCAAGGAUUUAUUACAAGUGGAACUACAAAGAAAUGGUGUUAUUGAAAAGUUCACAUCGCCUCUGUUGGAAUUUGAUAACAUUGAAGAUGUCAAUGAGGAGGGAACUGAUAAUGAGAAGAUAAUGAUGGAGAAGUUGGAAUCCUUCUUCAAAGAUACAGAGGCUAAUAUUGAUGGAGUGGUUAAUAAAUCUGAAGAAGAAGCCACAGAAUCUGAUACAGAUGAUGAUGAGAAGACGAGAGAUUUCCUCACCAAAGCCAACGUUGACAUAGAUGAAGAUGACUUUUUUGAAUUCUUUGCAAAAGAAGCGUUGAAGAUGAGUGACGAAGAUCUUGAUCAGUUGAGAAAUCUAACAAUCAACGAUGACAGUGAGCAAGAAGAGGAUGAUGGUGACGAUAACGACAAUGAGGAUGAGUUCAACUUUGACGAUACCCCGUUGUCUCAUGAGGAGUUACAAGAAUCUCUACGUGACUUCCUAAAAUCUCUGAAGGAGAACCCGAUGGAUGGGCCAGCUUCAACGUUUUUAGAGAAUUUGAAAUGA